GCGGCGGAGAGCGGGCGGGCGAGCGAGCAGCCCGAGCGCGCCGGGGAGAGCGAGCGAGCGAGCGCGCCGGCUAGGGUGCGAGGCGGCGCCCGCGGCUGCGCUCCCCCGCCUCCCGGCAACUCUGCCCCAGCGCCGCGCGCCGUGCGCGCCGUCCCGCCGCCGCCGGCUGCCGUCGCAGGCGGGGGUCUGGUCCGGACAGGGGUCCCCGCCCGGGGACUGGGGCAUCCUGGUGCAGCCGAGAGACGCGGAGCUCGCGGGGAGGGGCGGGGGCGGGCGGCAGUUGCGCCGCAGCGCCCGCUCGCUGAACUGCGUGGGCAGGCGGGCAAUUGGGGCUCCACGGCGCCCCGAGGGCAGGUUGCCCCGACUUCUCCGGGGAGCCCCCAAUUCCGUGGGGGCGUACAGAGCGAGCGCGCCGCAGCCGCACCGGACCUUGCGGCUCUUCCCCCGCGUACCCCACUUCUACACAAACUUUUCUGAAGCCCUCACCUCUGGGGGUCGCGGAGAGCGCCGGGCUGCCCGCUGGGCUUCUGCUCCGCCGGACCCUAGCCACGCUUGACCUCCUGGCUCUCGUAGCCUCAGUGGCGACCCCUCCAGGCCGGGCCGGGCGCGGCACUCCGGGCGAGCGCGGCAACCACCGCGGCUCUGCGAAGGCUCCCGCGCCCCCCGGGGCGGCUGGGCGGGGGUAAUGCCCUCGGUGAUGGAGAAGCCGAGCGCGGGCUCCGGGAUCCUGUCCCGCAGCCGGGCCAAGACGGCGCCCAACGGCGGACAGCCGCACUCGGAGGAUGACAGCAGCGAGGAGGAGCACUCGCACGACAGCAUGAUCCGCGUUGGAACCAAUUACCAGGCCGUAAUUCCGGAGUGCAAGCCUGAGAGCCCCGCACGCUACAGUAACAAGGAGCUGAAGGGGAUGUUGGUGUGGUCCCCCAACCACUGUGUGUCAGAUGCCAAGCUUGACAAGUACAUUGCGAUGGCCAAGGAGAAGCACGGUUACAACAUCGAGCAGGCACUGGGCAUGCUCCUGUGGCAUAAACACGACGUAGAGAAGUCGCUGGCUGACCUGGCCAACUUCACCCCAUUCCCGGAUGAGUGGACGGUGGAGGACAAGGUCCUAUUUGAACAGGCCUUUGGCUUCCAUGGCAAGUGCUUCCAGCGGAUCCAGCAGAUGCUGCCUGACAAGCUGAUUCCUAGCCUGGUGAAGUAUUACUACUCUUGGAAGAAGACCCGCAGCCGGACCAGUGUGAUGGACAGACAGGCUCGGCGGCUUGGGGGCCGAAAGGACAAGGAAGAUAGCGAUGAGCUUGAAGAGGGACGAGGAGCCGUGAGUGAGGGGGAGCCGGACGCUGGAGACCCCAAGAGAGAGCCUCUGCCCUCUCGGCCCCUGAAUGCCCGGCCGGGCCCAGGAAAGAAGGAGGCCCAGGGCUCCCAGUACCGCCACCAUCCGCUGAGAACUCGGAGGCGCCCGCCCAAAGGCAUGUACCUGAGCCCUGAGGGCCUCACCGCAGUGUCAGGGAGCCCGGACCUUGCCAACCUCACGCUUCGAGGCCUUGACUCCCAGCUCAUCUCCCUCAAGCGCCAGGUGCAAAGCAUGAAGCAGACCAAUAGCAGCCUCCGCCAAGCCCUGGAGGGCGGUAUUGAUCCACUCCGCCCCCCUGAGGCCAAUACCAAGUUCAACUCCCGCUGGACCACGGAUGAGCAGCUCUUGGCUGUACAAGCCAUCCGUAGGUAUGGCAAAGACUUUGGGGCUAUUGCAGAGGUGAUUGGGAACAAGACUCUGACCCAGGUGAAGACCUUCUUUGUGAGCUACCGGCGCCGCUUCAAUCUGGAGGAGGUGCUGCAGGAGUGGGAGGCCGAGCAGGAUGGGGCCCCUGGAGCCCCGGUCCCCAUGGAGGAGGCUAGGAGAGGGGCUCCCUUGCCAGCCCCAGCCCUAGAGGAAGAUGAUGAGGUCCAGAUCACAUCCGUCUCCACGUCGGGACCCCGAUCGGGGCCCCCUGCACCGCCCCCUCCUCCACCUCCCACCUCGCUGUCCCAGCCACCCCCACUGCUGAGGCCACCCUUGCCCACGGCCCCCACCCUGCUACGCCAGCCACCCCCACUCCAGCAGGGCCGUUUCCUUCAGCCCCGGCUGGCCCCCAACCAGCCGCCACCACCUCUCAUCCGCCCUGCCCUGGCUGCCUCCCGCCACAGUGCCCGCCCUGGCCCUCAGCCCCCACCCACCCUGACUGGAGCCCCACUGGAGCCUCCGGCACCCUCGCUCUGAGCCCCGAGGCUCUCCGCCAACCAGAGGCUCCAGAAGCCCUCCGCUGGGCGUCCCUGGGGACCUCCGGCUUCACCAAGGACAGAAGGGACUAGAGGUCGCGCCAGGUCUUUCAGGACCCAGGGCUGCCGCGCCUGGCACAGCUGGCCCCGUGGGUUCUGCACGUUGUUUCCGGUGGCCAAGCCCGGCCAGGGUCUGGGGCCUUGUGAGCUGGCCUGAGGGUACUUUCUUUUCCUGGCUGGGACUGGAAUGGCCGCCUCUUAGCGGCCAGGGCUUGGCCUUUGGUCCUGCCCUUCGUGUAGGGGGUAGAGACCAUAGCGUGGGGCUGGGGGCGAGGACAGUUUCACGUGUUGGCUGUUCUUCCUCUUUCUCUUCUUGUAGCAAUAAGUCUGGGUGAGGCGGGGAGGGCACUGGAGGGGGGAGGUGGGCAGAGAGGUCCCUUGGGGCCAGAGAGCUAGCUCUCCUGUCUUCAGGAGCCGGGUGGGGAUGCUGAGGAGCUCUGAGGGUGCCCCCCUGCCCACCAGCCUAGAUAGAGUAAGGAGGGUUGGGAACAUAUGCAGACAUGGGUUUAUUUUUCAAUGUUUUUUAAAAAUAAAACCUUCAAGCUCACUGAA